GCAAAUUUUGUGGUUAAUAUGUUUUUAUUAUCCAGACAGAUGCAGCAAAUCAACGUGAAUGCUGGUGAGAUUCACAACAAGUUAUUCAUAGUUUCCAAUAGGGAGAGGUUAGAGCAGGAUCGUUCACUUAAGAGGGAGCAGGAGAGUGCAUUGCAAAAGGCAAUAGAGGAUGACAAGAUUAAAGAAUCAAGCAAGAUAAGGGAGGCCCGACAAGCCAGAGUUACAGACGUCAGUCAAGAAGGAGAAAAAGAGAAAGUGACAAUUAUCCUCAACCACUCAAACGGCAAGGAAGAGCACCAGUUCAUCGAAGGUGCCUUCUUCCAGGAAGUAUAUGACUGGGCAGGCUCCAACAAUGCUCUCCCAUUACACUUCUCUAUCCAAAGAGGAAGGGAAGUGGUAAAACAUGGAGACCUCUUGGAGAGCAGAGGUGCUUCAUAUUCGUGA